AUGAGAGGCCCAGCCUUGCAGGAGAACUGGCAGGUUGAGUUCUCCGUGCACAAGAUGAGCGCGGCCAUGAUGGAGGACGCGCGGCUCACUUUCCAGCACGAGCUGGAGCAGGAGAUGGAGAAGCUGGGUGUGGAAGUGCAGAAGAGGAAGGCUUUCCUGGUGGAGAACCUCUUUGCCAUGCCCACAUGGCAGCCCGCACCUACCUGGAAGGAUUUGCUGCAAGGUGACUGGAAAUCAGCGAAGCUGGACUUGAGCUUGUAUCCGAAUGAGGAGGUGAACAAGGUGAGGAAGCAGAUGUAUAACAAGAUCCAUGCAUGGUCCACGGCGAUGAGGGACGCGCUCCUGCGUCGUGGUUACUGGUCCAAUGCCGCAUGUCCCAUCACUGGCAACUCGAUGUUUGGCGAGCGAACUGCCCAUGUCUACAAUGAAUUGACUGGGCUAACGAUGAUGCUGGGAUAUGAUUCCUUGCCGGUUGGAUGCUGCGGCAUCGUCCUACACCCACAGUGGGGGAAGGCUGCGUACCCGAUGACUUUCUUCACUCUUGCUCCCCUGGACAAGAUUAUCGAGGCUGCAGAGGAGAUUGAAAAGAAUGCAAAGCUCCCCGACUUGGAGGACCAGGAAUCCAAGAAAAACUUGAACUAUGAUCGGGGCAUCAACCUCAUCUUGUAUCAUUUCACACUCUUCAACGCUUCCAAGAUGUUGGUGGACAAGAACAGGAUAGCUGAAGUCUACCAUCUCAUCAAGAACAGCGUGAGGGAUGAAGGGUCGUCAGUCCUCAUCUGCGUUGCCGGAGAGUGUGAUGCCAUAGCUGCCUGCCACAUCCUAGUGACCAUGUUCAGAGCGGACCAUAUCUCCUACUCCCUUCAGUUCGUGAGGGGAUAUGUGGACGUGCAGCAGCAUGUGGACUCUUUGGAUACCAGCAGCUGUCGAUGUAUCGUCCUGAUCAACUGCGGCUCUACUGAGGCUCUGAACGAACUCCUGCAGCUUGGGGAAGACGACAGAGCUGACUUGCAAGUUGUGGUCAUCGACAGUCAUCGGCCCUACUCCCUCUCGAAUAUUUAUUUCGACUGCGGUGAUGUGGAGGACUUUGAGAACCAAGAUCUCUCCACCGCAAGGAUCAUCCUGCUCGACGAUGGGCUCAGAGAGUAUGAAGUUCCAACAGCGAUGAUGGUUGUGAAUGCCGAUUUGAAUGCUGCUGAGGAAGAGGAGGAGGAGGAGGAGGACGAGUUCAACAUCAGAUCACCGGUUCAGCGUAGGAGGAUAGACGAAGAUGGCAAUAGCGUAGACGUGGACGAAGAGGAUGAGGAAAAACUUGAGAAGCAAAGGAAAAGACAGGUUAGGGAUGAAUGCAGACUCGCCAUCGAGGACUACUAUAAAGGAACAUCUAGAGGGCUUUCUUCUGCAAUAAUGAUGUACAAUUUAUCAACAACAAUCAAGCGAGACAACAACUCGAUGCUAUGGUGGGCGAUGAUCGGAUUGACUGAACAGUUCAUGAACGACAUGAUUGGAAGACAAAGAUACGAGCAGGAAGUGUUUGUUCUACAAGACGAGGCUGUUCGAUUAGGGGAGUCAUCAAGCGUGGGAGGAAGUAAGAUCAACUACAGCGAAGAGUUCAGAUUUCUGUUGCUUCAGCAUUGGACCUUGUACAACAGCAUGUAUUACUCCAACUACGUUGCUUCGAGGCUCGGAAUAUGGAAGGAUCGAACAACAAACAAACUUCAAACUCUCUUGGCAAGGAUGGGAAUCCCGCUAGUCGAAGCAGAACAGAGAUACAUGCACAUGAACUCCGACUACAAGGACAGGCUGCGAGCGCUGCUGGAAGAGCACAAAGAAGAGUUCAACCUGGAGGAACUUGUCUUUCCGACCUUCCGGAAGGAACGAACUUGUGGGAACCCGAUCUCCGUGACGGAUUGCUAUUACAUCUGUAGUUCUAUGAUGUACCAUCCGCCUGUGGGGAAUGAAGACUGGACGGACUCGUACAUUCGUUCAUACGAUGCUAUCAAGGAUUGUGCUCACCAUGAAGAUGCCUGGGAUGUUCUCGUGGGAGGCAACUCCAAAGUUGUGCAGUACGCGAUACAACUUCAACAGACCAUUGUACAUAAGGGAUUUGAACUAGCUCAAGAUAGAAUGAUUCAGAAGACAAACUUCUUCCGUCAUGCUUACUUUGCUGUCAAUGAGGGGAACAAGAUCUUGACGAACCCGGCGGUUCUUUCGAGGUUGGCGAUGUUUCUCAUGGACCUCGAGAAGAAGACGUCAGACAAGGAGCUGAAGCCUAUCGUGCUGGGCGUCGACAACGAAGAGGAUCACACGUGUACAGUAGUUGGCUGCCUCGCCUCCGACAGCAUGGGCUUUAGGGGGAGGAAUCACUUCGGCAAGAUCUUCAAAGAAGCUGCGGAGGCCAUGCCGCAGAUGGAGGUACAGAUGUACGGGUUUGACACCGAGGUCAUCCAGAUCAAGACGGGCGAGUUCGCCAGCUUUAUUGAUUGUAUAAUUGAAAGAUCGAUGCCCUACGCCGGAUGA